CUGCAAGCAGCUCGGCCGCAUCCCCGCAACCCUCCGUGCUCGCUGACAUUGCCUGCGGCCUUCCAUGAUCUGUGAUGGGUUUUGUCACUAACAGGAAUCAUUGUUGUCAUGGGUUCUGCCUGCUGCGCAGCAGAGAGAGAUAGCAGAAUGGAGCAGAAGAGGCUGUUUAGACACUUUACUGUCGGUUCCUAUGAUAGCAUUGAUGCAUCCAGUCUCUCUCACAGCAGACAAGCCCAUUGAAGUGUUCACACCCACUUCUGCUUUCCCAGCGCUGCAGUACCUGGAGUCCGUCGAUGAGGGUGGUGUUGCUUGGCAGGCAGGGCUUCGCACAGGUGAUUUUCUCAUUGAGGUAAAUCAUGAAAAUGUGGUGAAGGUGGGUCACCGGCAGGUCGUGAACAUGAUCAGACAGGGAGGAAACUGCCUCGUUAUUAAGGUAGUGACAGUGAGCAGGAGUGUCGACCCAGAUUACAAAGCCCGUAAAAAAGCUCCUCCUCCUCCAAAGAGAGCACCAACAACUGCACUGUCAACGCGCACUAAAUCCAUGGCAUUGGAAAUGGAACAAUUAGAUAAAGUGGGUGAGACGGUGCAGUCACAGAAGCCAAGGCAUGAUAAAGCCACAGUGGACAAAGUUCCCUCAAUCAAGCCCAGCCCCACAAAAUCUGUGGAUUUUAAUACCAUGGAAAAGCAGGGAGUAACUGUAGUUCCCCAUACUGUUCCUGGAAGAUCCCAUGGGAGCUACAUUGGUGUGCCAAAAGGCACCAUGAGAAGACAAAAACCCAUUGGUAAUGCAGAAGAUGAGAAGACAUUCUUGAUACCUCCACUGCCCAAGUUUACCAGAAGCCUCUCUAUGCCUGAUAUAUCUGAGGAUAUUCCCCCACCUCCAGGCAUCUCUCCUCCAUCCCCACCUAACAACAUCAGUGCUCUCAUUAAACAAAGAUAUGAGCCCAACCACUCCAUUUACACACAGACCUCAACAGGCAAGGGGCAUACUCUGUACAGAGAGCAGCUAGGGUACCACCGGCAGAACUCUGAACAAUAUGACUUUCAGAAUGCUUCAGUAAUGCAGCAAAACAUGUGUGCACAUAACAAGGCCUCUGUCCCAGAGAACCCAUACUCAGAAGUAGGUACCAAACCUUUGUAUGUCCCAGCAAAACCAGCCCGCAGGAAGGGUGUGCUGGUAAAGCAGCCUAAUGUUGAGGAUAGCCCAGAGAAAACCUGCUCAAUCUUGAUACCGACAAUUAUUGUGAAAGAGCCUUCAACUAGCAGUAGUGGCAAAAGCAGCCAAGGGAGUAGCAUAGAAAUUGAGACUACCACCUCUGACCAACCAGCCCAACUUUGCCCUGAGGACAGUCUUGUGGUGAGCAACCUCUUUUCAGCUGCAAUUGCAGGAGCAGUACGUGACCGGGAGAAGCGACUUAAAGUAUGCAGGAACUCUCCAGCCCUCUUGUCAAUGGAUCUUGGAGACAAAGACUCAUCUGUCCCAACCCCCCAUUUGCGACAAACUAUGUCCAUAGAUGAAGGCAUGAUUGGUAAUGAUAAGAGUUUACAAAAGGUUUUGUCUCCACCCACAACUGUAUUAGGAGUCCAACAAAGUGGAGGUGGGGGCAACACAACUGACUUUAAUAUCUCUGAACUAAGAAAUGAGCCCCUUAUUACACACACAGAGAGCUGUCACAACGUGACAGGUCCCAUCAGCCUUCCUGCAUCAAAAACAUACAGUCUCAAUGAUCGAGGUUUCAGUAAACACCCAGUGACAGGAAAGAUGCAGGACAACUUAGCUCUGGGUCCAGCUGCCAGUGAUAGAGCUAUGAAUGAGCAAGUUCAACCCCCUCUUCCUCCAGCUCACAAAGCAGACCUAAACCAGCCACUCUUCAUAGACACCAAGCUACGGUCCAGUAUUGAAGCCAACUUCGCUGCAGCAGCUACAGUAGAUCAACAAAACGAAUGUGGUGGUUUGUUUAGACAACCAACAGAGUCCAAUCACGACACAGAGAAAGCAAACAAAUGUAGUCACCCCGAGCAGAUGAAGAACAUCCGUAACACAAUGCAACAGAAGUCAGCAGGGCUUCUCAUGUUCCACACAGUGGAUAAGACCAAAGCAAAUUUGAACAGUCAGUCUGAUGGGUUAAAGCAAGCAGAGUCACUUACUUUGGACAGAGAAAAUGCAAAACUCCCAGCCCCCAACUCUGAGCCACCUCCCCUGUCUCAUUCAAGGAAUGUCACCUUUUCCACCUCAGUGGAGGAGCCUGUCAAGUUUCCCUUCUGCAUACCUCCUCCCCCAUUGACCUUAUUGGAUAUUGAGGAGGAGUUGGACUUGGCAGAACCCUUACCGCCACCUCUGGAGUUUGCCAAUAGCAUUGAUAUUCCUGAGGAUCAUCUAGCAGAGAUUCUGAACCAGAAAAAGAAUAGUAUAACAGGAGGUCCUUUACCUCUUUAUCACUCCAAUGCCUCCAUGUCUGGCGUUGCUGAGUCCAAGUGUCUUUCAGGUCUCAUAAAUUGCAUGCUUUCUCACAGCUAUCUUCCACCACCUCCAGAGAGGUUUGAGCUGGUCACAGAUUUAAGCAUUGAGGAAGUAGACAGUCGAAGCAGUGGGGAUCCUCACUUUGAGGCCACCAGUACAAUUUCUACAGUGUCCAGUAUCUCUGCUCUUUCAUCAGAGGUAACUGAGGCCCUGGACACAUGUGUAGUCUAUACAAACAAACAGACUCUUUCGGUGGCCCGACCGCCUGUUCCACAAAAGCCAAAAAAGUCUAUAAUCAACAAAAGCAAUGCUCUUUACAGAGACACGUUGAUAAAGGAGAGCAUAGAGUCCUUCAGACAGCUACCGCCAGCCCCUCCACCACCUCUGGGUUGUGUACCACAACCUGAGCCUCACAAAACACUGGCUCAUCGAGACUCUAAACUGUGGGAGGAACCCCAUGAGCUCCAGAAUCCCUUAUCCAACCCACAUCGUAAAGCCGAUGUGAUCAGUGAGCUCAGCUCCAAACUACAGCAAAUGAACAAAGAUAGAUUUCCGAAACAGGAAGGGUCUUUCGACUCAGGAUCCAGAUCCACUGGAUCAAGCACUCUUGCAAAGCAUCAGCUUGAGGAGAAGCAAAAACUCCUUAGUCUGCUACAUCACAAACUGAAAACAGACGUCAUCACAAGAUGGAACAGCGCAUACGAGAUGCUUGAAAGAUUUCUUGAGCAACAACCCGCUAUCUGUGCCGCAUUACUAUCACCUGUAUUGAUCCAGGAUAUGAAAGAUAACACUGAAGAGACAUCAGUGAUCAGGGAGAUAAAGAGGGUCAUCAAUGAGGACCUCAGCAAAAUGUACACCACUGAGCAGGAGACCAGUCUUCUUCACAAAGAGGAGAGAGAGGAAAUGUACAGAAGAGUGAUUGCUGAGGCUUCAUCAUCACAAGAGCAAGUAGAUGGUGCAAAAGUGUAUGAAAAUCCAGAUGACAGCACAGUGAAAGAAGCCAACAGUCCACAACCUGAAAUCACAGGGAAGCAAGAUCAAUGUCCUUCUGUUUCCAAAUGGAGGGCUUCAUCUUUGCUACAGAGUCUGCUGGGACAGACCUUCUCUGAUGCUUCAGUUCCACUGCAUCAUCAGUCAGUCUAUGCCAGACCUGAAGAGGAGAUGGCCAAAUAUCGGAGUACCCCACCAUUCUCUCUAUCUGAGGACCCCCUCAACUGGUGGCAUGCCAACAAGGUGACAUUUCCUUUGCUCUCCAAGUUGGCAAAGAGAGAAUGUGCGGCUCAAUCCUCAGGUACCAAAUGCAGCACCACAAUGACUUCUUGUGCUGUACCCUCAACACCAGUGAGCUGUUUGCCCACUCAGAAUUCCAGUCCAGCAUCGUCUCCUGCUGAAUCUGGUCCUGCCUCUGGCUGCAGCUCCUCUCUGCCAGCAUCUGCAACCACCCCCACAUUAACAGAUGUGUUCAGCCUCCUAACUUCACCCACUGUAAAAGCAGAGCAAUGUUACAGCCUCAGUUCCUUCAGCAGUGGCUCACUGUCCCCCCUCACACAGUUUCAGGCUGCUGUCGAAAAACCCUUUACUGGCAAGCCUGUCCUGCUCUGGACCAAGCACGAUGUAGCCGACUGGCUUGAAAGCCUCAACUUGGCAGAACAUAGGAAGGCCUUCUUGGACAAUGAGAUUGAAGGUACCCACCUUCCCAACCUCCUAAAAGAAGACCUUGUAGACUUAGGUGUUGCCCGAGUAGGUCACCGCAUGAACAUUGAGAGGGCUCUUAAACAUUUAAUGGACAGAUAA